CCGGAUGAAGCUGCCGUUGGGGUGAGAGGGCCACUGAGGCUGGUCGGAUUUUAAUUUAGCGGCGAGGGGGUCGGAGCGGAUUGAAGCCCCUCUGGAUUAAUGUCGACAGGGCAGCGCGGUGCUUCCAGCAGGGCUACGACGAGCGAACCGUCCGCGGCGAGCGGAGACUCCGGCUAACAGCUGCUGCUAACGGGGUCCAACUGUUAGCGAAGUACCGCGGAGCACGGAGCCAGCUUCUCCGGCUAAUAGCCUCACCACACGGCGGAGUUUGCAGCUCGCAUCGUCUGCUCGGGGCUCCAGUUUAACACAACACCUGGUGGAUGAAUGAUGUCUGCCGCCAGUAUUGAUCCUCAGACAUCUAAAGGACAAGAUGCAAGCAAAGCCUUUCCAGUUUCAGUCCAGAAUGGCUCCCUCCACCAGAAGGACACAGUCCAUGACAAUGACUUUGAGCCCUAUCUCACUGGCCAGUCCAGCCAGAAUAACAGCUAUCAAUCCAUGACAGACCCCUACCUGUCCAGUUACUAUGCCCCCUCUAUUGGAUUCCCAUACCCUCUCAGUGAGGCUCCAUGGUCAACAGGAGGUGAUCCACCCAUUCCCUACCUGACGCCCUAUGCCCCCCUCAGCAAUGGAGACCACCACUUCAUGCCUGACACAGUGUUUGGGCAGCCCGGUGGGCUCAGCAGCAGCAUCUACCCCCACAGGUUUAACUUUUUCCCAGAGAACCCGGCGUUCUCAGCAUGGGGCACCAGUGGCUCUCAGGGCCAGCAGACUCAGAGCUCGGCUUACGGCGGGAGCUACAGCUACCCCCCGAGCUCCCUCGGAGGCACCUUAGUCCCUGAUGGACAGACAGGUUUCCAUAGCGACACCCUCAGCAAAGCCCCAGGUAUGAACAGCCUAGAACAGGGCAUGCUGGGCCUAAAAAUAGGCGGGGAUGUGACGGGAAGCGGCUCCGGCGUGAAGAGUGCGGGCUCUGUGAUUGGUGGCGGUGGCAGCGUGGCUCCGGCCGUUGCCACGGGCAACGGCGGCACACCGAUCGGGAUGCCCCCUCCAAAACCGACGUCGUGGGCUGCGAUCGCCAGCAAACCUGCCAAGCCGCAACAACAAAAGACCAAGAACAAGCCCGGCCCCCCGAUGGCCGGAGGAGCGCUGCCUCCUCCGCCCAUCAAACACAGCAUCGACAUCGACACGUGGGACAACAAAGUGACUGCCAAGAUGGCCCCGCCCCUGCCCCAUCACCACCACCACCACCACCAGCAGCACCAGCCGCAGCUCCACUCCCACGCUCCCAGCCUCCUGCCCCCCCUGCAGCAGUCCCUGCAGUCGGCCCAGUCCCUGGUGCAGCAGAUGACCAUGCAGGGUCCGCCGCCGCCCCCGCAGUCGUACCAGAACCACAACUCUGCCCCGACGCCCCAGACCCGAUGGGUGGCCCCACGCAACCGCAACUUCUGCUAUGGCGGCGGGAGCCUGGACAGCAGCGGCUCCUCCAGCGGCGGCGGCGUGGGGAACGGAGGGCUGGGGUGCGGCGGCGUGCCCCUGGAGCCCGGGUCGGAGUCCCACCCCGUGCUGGAGAAGCUGCGAGCGGCCCACAGCUACAACCCCAGGGAGUUCGACUGGAACCUGAAGAACGGGCGAGUGUUCAUCAUCAAGAGCUACUCGGAGGACGACAUCCACCGCUCCAUCAAGUACUCCAUCUGGUGCAGCACAGAGCACGGCAACAAGCGCCUGGACUCGGCCUACAGAGCCAUGAACUCUAAGGGUCCCGUCUACUUGUUGUUCAGCGUCAACGGCAGCGGCCAUUUCUGCGGCGUGGCGGAGAUGCGCUCGCCGGUGGACUACGGCACCAGCGCCGGCGUGUGGGCGCAGGACAAGUGGAAGGGCAAGUUUGACGUGAACUGGUUGUUUGUAAAAGACGUGCCUAAUAGCCAGCUGCGCCACAUCCGCCUGGAAAACAACGACAACAAGCCAGUCACCAACUCGCGCGACACCCAGGAGGUUCCUCUGGAGAAGGCCAAGCAGGUGCUCAAGAUCAUCGCCCAGUACAAACACACCACCUCCAUCUUUGACGACUUUUCCCACUACGAGAAGAAGCAGGAGGAAGAGGAGGUGGUGAAAAAGAGCUAUGAGCCUGCCUCAAUACAGAGUCGUUCCCGAAUUGAUCAGGACCGUCAGAAGUAGACUGUUGAAGACCUCUUCAGUGGCUGUGUUUGGACGGACAUGCUGAAAUCCAGAUUCAAAAGGAAAACACACGGACUGAAGCUGAAACAGAGCUGAAACUAAUAUUUUUUUCUAUUUAAUUUUGUCGACUUGGCCCAUGUCAAACUGUCGAGCCGCCCCGGCUCCCGGUUCCCCAAUCUUUGAGAUGCGUGCAGGGAUGAAGCUAGUUCCAUCAGACGAAUCGCUUCAAUAAUAAUCUAUUUUCUUGUUUUUUCUGUAUUUUUUAGCCUUAUAAAUCUCUAUCACCACCCUGGGACUUGUUAAAUUCUUGACUUAAUAUAAAUAUCUGCACGUCUGUUUGGAAAAAUCUCUUGACAACAUGCUGCUGAUAUUCAGUGACUGUUCACUUUGUGGUUUGUGUGUUGGAGAAAUGUUAAGUGCUUGUAUUGGUUAAUCUUAAAUGAGUGAACUACACUUUAUUGACAAAUGUCUGCUAUCUGUGUGUGGCCAGUUGUAUUUUAUAUUAUCAGAAGACAAAAAACAACUUCUGUGGAUGCCCCCUGUUUUCUGUUCCGUGCGAGGGGAGGACUGAAGGUUUCUGUAUGCAUAGACAUAAUCGUGAAAGGUCGUGACGUUAGGAAAGGUAAAUGUUAGAAAAAUCUUUUUUGAGUAACGUAUCACCUGGCAUACAGCUGAUAUAAAGUUAUCAUAAUGUUGAGAAAAUGUGGGGGUUUUUUUGUCUCUCCAGAGUGGAGCCUUAACGUUGAUUUUCAAGUAGUGUUGUUAAAAUAUUAGUUUUUAUUUUAUUUUAUUUUCAGUACUGUAACUGGUGAUUUUACAGCUAGAGUUUCAGGGAAAAUCUGAUUAGAGACUAAAUACUCUAAAAGGUGCCCACUUCUGUUAUUUAAAGGAUGGAAAUUACAAAAAAAAAAAAACAACAACAACAGAAUCAUUCAGGUUUUAUCAACACAAAAUCUGCUUUGUGGCCCUUUUGUCCUGAAGAUGUUUCCCUCUGUUCCUUAUUACUCCAACAGGGGUCUCUGUUGUUGAAAUUCUGGAGAAGAUGUAGCAUGUACUGCUUUGAAAGCUCAAGAACUCAAGCCAGGCCUGUUGUUGAGGGGAUUGUUUCUUCUUCUUCUUUUUUUUUCUUCUUCUUCUGUUGUUUUUUUAUUUUGUUCCUUCCUAAUAUCAUUAUAAUCUCCACAUUUUCAUCGUUUUCAUUGCUAUAACCUGUCCACUUCAUCCUCAGACAAUGUAAGCUUUAACGUACUGGCAUUUCUAACUGAGAUCGCCUCAAAAUGUUUAACUGUAGCAUUAUACUUAACUGAUUUAUCGUCAAGUGUAUGAAAACCCAGAGACUAGCCUAUAUGGUAUAUGUUUGUGACUUUCUGUUUGUUUCUGUUUUUUUGUUUUUAUUGCUUGCUGUAUUGUGUGUAUGCGUGCGCCUGUGUGUGUGUGUGUGUGUGUGUGUGCGUGUGCGUGCGUGCGUGUGUGCAAGAGUGAAAGAAACUAGAGGGAGUAUGACUGUGGAGCAAUCAGAGUUAUAUAAAACGGUAUUGGAAUAUAGAAAAUUUAUGCAAAAAAAAGUUUUACGUCACCCUUGAAUUAAAUAUCCAUUGUAUCAGAGGUCACUAUCACAUUCUUAGAUUUGAUCAUGUUCAUUAUUAAAGAUAUACUUAUCUGUUCUUUGUGUUUUUCUUCUUAUGAGCAGUGUCUUUUUUUUUCUUCUUUUUUUGCCUUAUUAAUUCAGUGAUUUCUUUGCCUGAAUUUCCUGUUUGGAAAAUAAAGACAAAUAUUGU